AUGGCAAGAAGUGAGUGGGGGAUUCAACUUCAAUCUAGAGGAAGUGGAAAGUGGGUUUGUUCAUACAAGAAAAUCACUAUCUUAGUUUGUAUUUUCAACAUUGCCAUUGCUCUCUAUUGUCUUCGUUCUCUUUAUGCUUCUCUCUACAUCUACUCUGGUAGUGUUGCAAGAAACAUUGUAGUGUAUAAACCAGAUCAGAUACGGAAAAUGGAAGAGUCUGACCGAAUUAGGAAGUCAUACAAACCUGUGGAGUUAAUGAAAUGGGUGAAGGAAUUAAAAGGGGAGUUUUCAAGCCAAAAUAUGGAGGAUGAGUUGCCUCAGCACUUGAAACAGAAGAUAAUUGAUGAGGUUUUGCAGAGACUAGUGAGUUUGAAUAGCAGAAGCACUAAUGGAUCUCACUCCCAGGUCAUUGCUAUGGAGAGAGAAGCAAUUGAAAAUUGGCGCAAACAAAAAUUGAAAGAAAUUAAAUUGGUUUCUGUGGGAGGGAUUUCCAACUCUACCGUUUCUCGUGAAGAGGCAGGGAUGCUAGUAAAAGCUUUGGAAUCUGAUUGGGCCGUGCUUGCCGAAGAAAUUGGCCUUUGGAUACCUGUUGAAGUUACGAAUGAAGAGCAUAAUGACAAACCUGAUGGUGCAGAGGAUUCAGAGGAGGAAGUUCUUCCUGGCAGGGCCCUUCCACAUCAGUGCAAACCUGAACUUCAUACCGAUUACGAUGGUUCGGCAGUAAGAUGGGGUCUUACUCACCACAAAGAUAGUGCAGCUGAUUGCUGUCAAGCUUGUCUGGACCAUGCUAAACGUGCCAAAGAAGGUGAAAAGAAAUGCAAUAUUUGGGUUUAUUGCCCGUCAGAAUUUGGAUGUCAUUCGCCAGAUAUCUAUCAGCACAAACAUCAGGAAUGCUGGUUGAAAUAUGCUGAGAAACCGAAACUAAAUUUUAAGGAUAGGUAUCCUGAAUGGUAUCGAAAUUCACAUCCAUCUGCACCGGUGAUUGUUCCAUGGGCCUCGGGAGUUAUUAGUGCUUGA